AUGAAGGCCAUUCGUGUCGUGGUCCUCGUCUUGCUAAGCGUUGGCCACACCAUGCUGACGUCGGCAACUCCCCUGCCCCCGUGCACCACGUGGGACACGAUCAAGCUGAUGCCGAAAAUAUCGCGAUGUGGAGCAAUUAUCGGUCGCCCUUCGACGCGAUCGCUGUGGGAUGUUAUCACGACCGACAUCAAAGCUCUGUGUGCAAACGACGUGUGCCAGGCAUUGCUCCAUGCCAUCAACGAGCUCAAAUGCUCUGUGGAUCCAUCCGGCCGAAUGGUCAACGGCGAUGUCCGAUGCAACAGCACCGCAUGGCUUCCCGGCGCCGCCACGACUGUCCCCAACGCCACACUCGUCUACGCUACCAUCUCUCCCAAGUUUCAUUCGCGUCGUCCAUCGCCGCUGCCAGUGGUGGUAGGCCACCAGCCCUCCCAACACCGCCCCGAUUGCAACCCCACGUCGAGGUCCCAUCGAAACGUGACUGCAAACAUCACAUGGGCGCAAGCUCCUCUCCCAUUCCACCAACCUUCCAACACUACACUUGGCAAAAUGAAUGAGGCAUUCGACAUCACGUCCGACUCCCCCGUCUGCUGCGUUGGAGGCGUCGAUGCCAGCGCGGUCGCCACAGUCGUGCUCGCUCUGCUUGCAUCGCCUUGGAUGUAG